AUGGUAAACUCAAAUACAAGCUACUCGGCUGCGGCCCUCUCCCUUCUGACCUCCUGCGGCGGUAUCAUCGGGUAUGCACGUACAGGAUCUAUUCCGUCAAUCGCUGCGGGCCUCACAAUUGGGGCGCUCUACGCUAUAAGCUACUUCCGCCUCCAAGGCCACCAGCCUUACGGAGAAGAAAUUGGCCUUCUUGCUUCCGCAGUUCUAGGAGGCAGCUCUAUUCCAAGGGUUAUUAAAACUGGAGGAAAACCCAUACCCGUGGGUUUGAGCAUAUUGGCGACCUAUGGGCUGGUUGCGUUCGGACUGGCUUAUAGAGAUAAGAAGACAUCUUCGUAG